GACGAGUUUCUAAAUUUCAAGCCUUCACGAAACUCUCAUCGUCCUCUUCUCUGUGUCUAGGGUUUGGUUACUGCAGCCUACAAUUUCAUGUUUCCUCCGUAUUCUCUCCGAAUAACUUCAGGAUUCCUUUAAAUUCCUUCAAUUUCUAUCAGAUCUUGCAAUUUUUUUCAGUCCUUUUUUGUAUAAGAUUUGGGGUUUCUUCGAUUCCAAUUAUGUUUAUAAUCUCUUCCGCACCGUUUGUUGUCUCAAUCAUUAUUGAUGAAAAUCUUCGCGUUUUCGGUCCCGGUUUGAAUCCUUUCAGCCCCUAUUGCAUUGCUAAUCACUCCGUUGCUUCUCGCUAAGUUUAUUGCUUACUUUCCCUUCAAUAGCAUGUAAAAUUUGCCCCUUUAUCGUUCUUGAUCAAACAACAAAAGAUUGAAUCAGGUUUCUGCAGGAUUUCCCAUCAAAAAGCAUGUAAAAGUUUAGUACGUUUUAUUUUUCUUGUUCGAUCAUACAACAAAAUUCGAAUUUGAGGGUCAGUGAUUGUGGUUUCAGUGAAAAUCCGGAUAUUUGUUUGUCUGUUUGAAUUGGGUUUUGUGGUAAUCGGGUCAAAUAAGGAAAGGAUGCUCCAAGACCAGUCAGGUUCGGUUCUGUUGAGGAGGAGCUUGUCAAGGCGUCGUUCCUGGAGGUGUGGCGCUGAGAAGGAUGAUCGAGGCUGGACUAUGCUUCAUAUUGGCGCUCGAAAAGGUGAUAUCAAAAAGGUGAAGCGACUUCUUGACAAAGGAAUGGAUGUGAAUGUGGCUGCAUGGGGCCCUAAAUCAAAUGGGUUAACCCCUCUCCACCUUGCUGCUGAGGGUGGUCACCUUGAGGUUAUGGAUGUAUUACUUGAGCGUGGUGCGAACAUCGAUGCUAGAACGUGGGGUGCUUGUGGAUGGACACCUCUUCAUACUGCAGCCAAAGAAAGAAAGAAGGAAGCAGUGAAAUUUCUGGUAGAGAAUGGGGCAUUUUUGCCAGAUGACAUCAAUGACACCAGAUUUAAUCCACCACUCCAUUACUGUCCUGGUCUUGAAUGGGCAUAUGACGAAAUGAAGCGUCUUCACCGAGAGAAUUUAUCCUCAGGCGAGUCCUCAUACAGCUCUGAAAGCUAAAUGACCCCCCCAAUUGUCAUGACUUCUCGGCAGUGUGUUUGGUUUGGCUAGACUUUAUAGGUCUGGUUAUGUGUUAUAUGUUUUCUGUCUGGGCCUUCAUUCUCCAUUUACAACUGUGCUGUGCUUGGGAUUAUCUCUUAUGAUGGUACUAUCAUAAUGUGGUAUUAAGUACUUUGAGAACAGAUGUAGCAUAUGUUGAAACUCCCUUCCUUUUGGUCACUUGAAGCUUUGGUUUGGAAUAUGUGAACAGUAUCUCUAUGAUAGUUUUUUUUGCACUGCU